AUGUCUGGAGAAGAAGCCCCUAGCACUGAGAUCAUCACCCUCACUAGACAUGUCCUCAAUGACCAGCUGCACCUCGGAUCGGCCGCGACAGGCGAUUUGACCCUCCUGCUCACCGCCAUCCAGCUCACGUCCAAGUUCAUCGCGACCAAUGUGCGAAAGGCGCGCCUGAUUAACCUCGUCGGACUCGCAGGCGAGACGAACGUGCAGGGCGAGGAGCAGAAGAAGCUCGAUGUUCUGUCGAAUGACAUCAUGGUUAAUGCCCUCCGUGCCUCCGGAAAGACAGCCGUCCUCGUCUCGGAGGAGCUCGACAACGCGAUUAUAAUUGAGGAGAAGCACAGGGGCAAGUACUGCGUCGUGUUUGACCCUCUCGACGGAAGCAGCAACAUCGAUGCUGGUGUGAACAUUGGGACAAUUUUUGGCAUCUAUAGAGUGCGACCAGGCUCAGACGGUGCUGUCGAAGAUGUUCUGCGUCCAGGGAACGAGAUGGUGGCUGCUGGUUACACCAUGUACGGAUCUUCCGCCAACCUCGUUCUCUCCACAGGAUCCGGUGUGAAUGGAUACACUCUGGAUGCAGCUUUGGGUGAAUUCAUCCUCACCCAUCCAAAUAUCACCAUCCCCACUCGCGGCAAGAUCUACUCCUUCAACGAAGGAAACUCCAUGUAUUUCCAUCCUCCCGUAACCGCAUACCUCAAGUCGAUCAAGUACCCCGUACCCCCAAAAACCCCGUACAGUGCAAGGUAUAUCGGAUCAAUGGUUGCCGACGUUCACCGGACGCUGCUCUACGGAGGGAUCUUUGGAUAUCCGAACGACAAGAAGAGCAAAAACGGGAAGCUGAGACUGCUGUAUGAGGCUUUCCCGAUGGCUUUCCUGACCGAGCAGGCUGGUGGAAUUGCCACGACGGGAACUGGUCGUAUUCUCGACAUUGUGCCCACCAACAUCCACGAGAGAUGCCCUGUGUUCCUGGGAAGCAGAGAUGAUGUUUUAGAUUUGAUCAAGUUUUACAAGGAGGUUCCGUUGGAUUCGGCAUAG